UUUGCGCGCGCACGCGCAUCGCCCCCCGUCUGGUGUCAUAGAUUAUCCAGCUGCGCCGUCGGGCAGGCGGCGGCGGUCCCCGACAUCACUCGGCAGCCAGCUUAAGCACCGCGGCGGAAUACUUGUGCGCGCCACCAGUGUGUUGUCUACUCGGCCCGUACCACUGCUCUGUGCAUGUGACGCGCGCGCGAAUUCAUAUUUUUAUUCCGAUCGAGACGGCCGAGGGCAACAGUAGCAAACGAAGCAGAAAAUUACAAUUAUUGUCAUUAACACAACAACUACUACAAUUACUACUACUACUGUUGCUGAUGCUGCAAAGACGACGACGACGACGACGACAAGAYAACGAAUACGACACGACAACAACAACAACAACACGACGACGACACGACUACGGCGGCGGCGAAGGCGGCAGUGGCUGCUAGAAAACGACCGYUUCACUCGUUUUGCGUUCAAUUUGCGAGAAUUUUUUGCCAAUUUCUACCGAACUAUCGUCGUCUUUACAUUUCUAUAACACUCUCACACACACACACACACACACUCACACAUACCCACACACACACACACACACACACACACACACAUACAUACACGCAUACAUUCGUUGAAUACAUAAUAUUUUACACGCGCGUAACUUUCUUUUAACAACAACAACGAAAACAACGAUAGACGGUAGCGGCAAUAUUCUUCGUACGAAAAUAACGAAAUUAUAUGCGUUGUCGCGGUUCGCGGUGCGUCGUCGGAACGCGAAAUCGGAUCAGAAAUCGUCGUCGUUUGUCCUAACCACUGCCGCCGCCGGAAACAUCGAGUACCUAACAGGACAGUCGACGAAAUCGGCCGCGCGGGCGUUCCGAGUACGUCGUCGACGUCGUCCGGUGGUGUACGUGUUGUGGUCGGGUCGCGCGCGAUGCCGUCCGUCGUCGCCGCCACCACCAACGCCGCUGCAGCCGCGUCGUCCACUGGCCACCGUGCCGUCGUUGUACACAGYCCGUUAUUGUGCGCCCGUUGCGUCGUCCGGUGCGACUUGAGUCCGUCCGGCGGUCUGCGAUAGCUUUCCGAGCGGCCGCGCACAGUCGGUCAAGUCCACCGCCACCGCAGCAGCCGCAGUAACCGUCGCCGCGUGUACCCGACGCCGCCGUUGUACCGGCCGAGGCCUGAGGGAGUACCGCGGCCACCGCCGCCGCCGUCGUUGUCGUCGUCGUCGUAUCCGUUUCGUACCGUUUUACCRGCGACCCGCCCGACCGCGCUCGCCCGUACCCGUUGUUCAGCAUGAGUGACGUCGCCGAGCAGAUCAAAGACGGCAACAUGAUGCUGACGGCCAGUCCGUUCUCCAAUAUCGUCAAACAAGAAAACGUACUCAAAAGCGCCGUCGACGUGCCAGCCACCGCAUACAGGAUGUGCAAUCCUUCAUCUCAUAAUAUACCAUUAACUCAAUUCUCACCUAUUGGAAAUUCCAUGAAGCCAGGUAUACCGAAAUUGUCAGCCCAUGAAGUUAAAGAAGAACAUGGUAUUUGUCCUGUUAUAUUACAUCCUAAUAAGCAAUUGAGUUCACAUGUUCAGGUGAAAAGUGAAGCACUUAUAAAAACGAUUGGAUUUGCGCCUGCACGUUCUCAAAUGACAGCUCAAGCCCAAAGCCGUAUUGUUACUACAUCAUUGCAACGUUCUAUUAUAGAAUCUCAAAAUGUGUCACCACUUAUAAUAACACCUUCAUCUCAUGUUAUUCAUUCGGCUAAUGAAAUUGUUCCUGCUAAAAUUGUUCCAAUACCAUCAGCGCCUGCUGUAUCACAUUUUUCUGUAAUAAAUAAGACAGGUUCUUAUGAUAGUAUACCUGAAUUUACAGGCAUACGACAAAGUUUGGUGUCAGGUACACCACCAGUUUAUACUCAGAGUGAUUUUGCUCGUUUUCCUCCAAAAAGUUACCACCUUAAAAAUGCGGUUGUUAAUCCUGCAGUUCUUCAUGGUCCCAUUCCUGGAAAUAUUGAUGAGCCAUGUAUAAAUAUACCCAAUAGUCAACAUGUAUUUAAACCAAUUAUUUCACCUAGGCCUAGUAUUUUAAGGAAGCGUGAUGCAGAUGGUGUUCUUAGAGCGCAAAAAAAUCUAAUACCAAUUUUAACUAAACCUGACAUUGAGGAAUGUCAAAAUAUAGAAGAUACAUCACUGAACAGAAAUGGAUAUAGUGAAACUGGCUUACAAAUUGAAUCAAUUAUGGUACCACAAAUACCUGAGGUUAGAUUACUACCUCAAAUUGCUGCUUUAUCUAGGCAAUCACAUUUAAUGGUUGAAAUAAGUCCACGAAAAAAACCUCGUAAACAAUUACUCCCUGUUAAUCAAGAAGAUAGUCCAUUUAAAAUAGUUGGUGAUGAUAUGGAGUAUGUGGAUGAUAAAUUGAUUAAAAAGGAAAAAUCUGAAGAUUACCCMGAUGAUGAUUUAAAUUGUAAUGAUGAUUUAAUCGAUGGUGAUGCUGAGGACGAAGCCGAAGAUGAUUUAGAUGAUAUGGAUGUUGAUGAUGAUUGCCCUGCAGAUGAUGAUUAUGAUGAUGAUGAUGAAGAUGAUGAUUUUGGAAAUGAUUUUGCAGAUAGAUUUGAUUAUAUUAAAUCAGAUAAACCAUUUUUUGAAGAUAUUAAACCAUCUUUAGAAAUGAAUAAUGAAGGCUUAGCUUGCAUUAAACCUAAAAAUAAACGACCCACAUUAUUGGGAAGUUAUAAAAAUACGUGGCGGGGGCACACUCAUCAUUUUCAAAGGUAUACUGAUUUCAAAAUUAAAGAAACUAAAAAGCAAUUAGCUGAAAUGCAGCAAGCUAAAAAAUGGACAUCAGAUAGCAUAUCAGGAUGGAGAGUUCGGCACUUAUUACAUCAAUUCGAUGGAAUGAUAAGUAUUGAAGACGAAAUUAUUGCAAGAAUGAAUGAACUUAUAUCUCAUUUUGAAGUAACUAUUACAGAUAUUAAGUUGUGCCAUCAUUUCGUUGAGCUCGUUAAAGAUAAUAUGCAAAGGAGCAAAGUAUCGAAAAUUCAAUUAGAAGAAAUUAGACAUCAAUUGAAGAAAAUAUUCGACUAUAAACCAAUAAUUGAUGAUGUGUUUGAUAAAUAUUGUCCCAAAGAMCUCAAAAAGAAAUAUCCAAAACCAAUUAAUCUUAGCAAAUCUUAGACGAUGUGUAUUGCCAAUAAGAAUAUUUUGAUUUACACUGCACACAUAUCCAAGAAAUACCCAACGAAGUGUGUUAGUUGCAAGUACAUUAUGGUGUAAAAAAAAAAAUGAUAACCAGCUUCGAUAAAAACUGAAAAUGAUUCUAGUGUUGCUUUUGUUGGUACAAAAUGAAAUUCAAAAAAAUUAUUGAUUUAAAAUCUUUGAAAAUAUUCAAUAUUCUAUUCUAAGGUUGUUGAAAUGAUUUUCUAAUUUAAGACAUAUAAUAUUCUGAACAAUGGAAUGGUCACAUAUUGUGUAGCUGGACAUCUUUGAAGCUCAGGUUAAGGUCCUUUUUCUUAAUAAUUUAUAAAUUAACCAUUUUAGAUGGAUUCAAAUUAGAUGGCCAGAUCAAGUAAAUUAACUAUUUUUUUCAUGGUUUAUGUUACCUUUUAUCAUCUAGAGAAAAUAUUUAUUUAUACACAUCGAAAUUAAUCAUUGGUGGUUUAAUGGUAUAGUUUCUCAUCAAAAUCUUGCAUCCCACAUUUUUGUAUAUAUUAU